AGUCUCCACCACCUCCCUACUCUCGGCUGUCUCCUAAUGAUGAGCAAAAGCCACUGGAUCUAUCAGAUUCCACGUUGUCUUACACUGAAACAGAGGCUACAAACUCACCCAACGUCACGCCUGGAGACUUCUCAGACGCCAGUACGUCGCCCGAUGCCGUGAAGAGGAGCCAUUGGUGCAACGUGGCCUAUUGGGAGCACCGGACGCGCGUCGGCCGCCUCUACACAGUGUACGAACAGUCUGUCAGUAUAUUUUAUGACCUACCUCAAGGAAACGGCUUCUGCCUCGGACAGCUAAACCUGGAAAACAGGAGCGAGACUGUGAGAAGGACUCGAAGUAAAAUCGGCUACGGGAUUUUACUGAGCAAAGAACCGGACGGCGUGUGGGCUUACAACCGCAGCGAGCAUCCCAUCUUCGUCAACUCCCCGACACUGGACAUCCCCAACUGUAGGACUUUGAUCGUGCGCAAGGUGAUGCCGGGCUAUUCCAUCAAGGUGUUUGACUACGAGAAGUCCUGCCUCUUGCAGCACACGGCCGAUCUGGAUUACGCCGACGGGCCCUACGACCCGAACAGCGUGCGGAUCAGCUUCGCCAAAGGCUGGGGGCCGUGUUACUCGAGACAGUUUAUCACGUCGUGUCCUUGUUGGCUGGAGAUUUUACUCAGUAACAAUCGAUAACGGUCGGCCUCUGACGAAAGGAAAAAGAAAAAAAAAAAGACACAGACUAUCCCAAAUAUCAUCUACCUAGAUUUAAUAUAAAGUUUUAUAUAUUAUAUGAAAAUAUAUAUUAUACUUGUAAUUAUGGAGUCAUUUUUACAAUGUAAUUAUUUAUGUAUGGUGCAAUGUGUAUAUGGACAAAAAACAGAAAAUGCACUUUGGCUUAUAUAAUUCUUUCAAUACAGAUUUUUUUAAAAAAGAAAAAUUAUACAGCAAAAAUAGGAGAAAGCCCUAAUUUUGAUGUAUGGUUUUUUGAAAUAUUAUUAAUACCCAGACAAAAAGCUAAUACCAGUCACUCAUUGAUAAUAAAGUAUUCGC